CUUGUGGUUGCCUGGGAGACAGGGCUGUUUACCAGCAGGGACUGAGCCGGCGACAGCGGGGCGGAUGGAGCGGAGCUGCGAGUGGGUGGGGCUGGCAUGAGUCCCAUGAUUCACCAGCUGGUUCGAGUUGACUCGGAGCAGAACCAAUGUUCCCAAGGCCCCCCGGGGGAAGAGCUCUGAAGCAACAGGGGUCUUGAGAAGCAAUGGCCACAGAAGCCCCUGUGAAUCUUGCGCCCCCUGAGUACAGCACUGCUGUCAGCACAGCAGCCAGUAGCUUCACUUGGCAGCCACACUCACUAAACAUGCACGUCACAAGGCCCAAGUCUGCCAAGGGACGUACACGGCCGAGUCUGCACAAACCCCAGGGCAUGGGGGGGUGCUCUCACCGCACACCAGCUUCUCCACCUCCAGCCAUUCCCUGCGAGUUGCCAACCAGCCAGAAACUGGGAGCCUGCGCACCCAGAUCCCCAAACCAGGGAGCUCCCAAUGAGGUCCCCGAGCUGCUGCCGCAGGUGCCCAUAGGGGCUUCCUCUUCCCUCAAUAAAUAUCCAGUCCUUCCUUCCAUCAACAGGAAGACCCUGGAGGAGGGAGCUGUGGAAACAGUCGCUAAAAAGGCCAGCUCACUGCAACUGAGCAGCAUGCAGGCUCUUUACCAAGGGGAGCCCUGCGCCAUGAAAACAAGCAACGACGAUUUCAGAGCUCCAGCUUGCCCCGCAGAGAGGAAACUCAUUGUCGAAACCAGGAGACAGGGCUCCUCCCGGGCUGGAGACCUCGAGGAACCAUCCGAUCGAGAGCCAAGGCUGCUGCUUGCUGUCAGAUCACCAUCAGGCCGGAGGUUCGUCCGCCAUUUCCGGCCAACUGAUAACUUACAAACUGUCAUCGCCGUGGCUGAACACAAGAACAAGGCCACCUACCAACACUGCAGCAUUGAGACGAUGGAGGUGCCCCGGAGGCGUUUCUCUGACCUCACCAAAUCUCUCCAAGAGUGCAGGAUCCCCCACAAGUCGGUGCUGGGCAUCUCACAGGACGAUGGGGAGGGGUGGCCCUGUGUCCACAGCCACGCAGCUGGGGUCCUGGGUCUCUGAGCAAGGGGCACACUCGGGUGCUGUGGCCCUCUGGGCAGGUGGUUCCAAGUGCCAUGUGAACCUGGUGCAGCUGCGACUCUCGGGACUCUUCACGCAUCUCCUCUGAAGCAGUGAAACGUGCACGUGCACCCAGUGCUCUAAGAAGAGUCUCUUCCUGUUGUUAAUUUCUCUCCACCCCUGGAGUGAACUGGCAGGUUACCAGGGCUGUUCCUGGAACAGCUGUGGCCAGGCCUCCUCCUUCCCAGGGUUUUGGGUCCUUUCCGGAGCACCUGCCUGCCUUUACAAUGAACUCUCACUCUCUCGAAGCCAACGGUUUGCCUUUCUGUAUUUGAUGCAGGAUUAAACUCUUCCCAGAGAGGAUUCUAGUCUGAUAAAUAACCAGGGUUCAGGAAAUGCCGAACUGGCAUUUGUAUUUCUUGCAAGCAUCUUUAAGAAACUGGCAGUGACCCCGUCUUGGAAGCAGCCCUUUAGCUGGGUUCAGGUAGCUAGAGUUUCCUGGGGUUUGCUGUUUGUGGGAGACCGCUGCAGAGGAGAGAGCAGGUCUUUUGCACGUACAGAUCCCCCACUACAUCAGCAUUUCUAAAGCAGCCUGAGGGCUGGACAGCAAAUCGCUCCCACAGCCAUGGAUUAGCCGGUAGCUACUUUUAAAUGGAGACUGACCAGGUUUACAGCUUCUGGUAGCUCCUCCCUGUGUGCAAAAUUCAUCCAAAACCAAGAAAAUCCAGUGUCAUCUGAUACCCUUUGCUUUUGUCGGGAAUGGGAUCUUUUGUAGUUGUAUAAACCUACACUUCUGUACAAGUUUGUACUGGAGGCCCCCUUGGCUUGUCUGGGCCUGGAUCCGUUGUUUCAUCCCCCAGUUUCAGUAUCUCCCCUGCUUCAAACACAGGGGCUCCGGCAGUGCCCCUGUUCGUUGAUUAAAAAUCUGGUGGGGCCUCUGUUCUCUGAUUAAAAAUCCUCCCCCAGAGGAGAAGGGCACCUCAGUUUGGUGUCACUUGCUGUGCCUGUGCUAAGAGGCCAUAUGCCCCAGUGCCUGACUGAUCGGCACGAAGCACGUGUGACCUGAGCCUGGAGCUGCACUGAAGACCGCAGAGUCUUGUUUUGCCAACUCUGAGUGGUGAUGCAGACAAUCUGCCAAAGUUCUCUUGUAUUGCGAGCUCAGCAGGCCUCCCACAUCUCAUCUGGAUUCCCUCUGUGGCCAAAUCACUACUCCGAGUAGGGAAACGUGUCCCCCCGCCAAGAGCUCGGCCAUCACGAAGCCCUGAGUACUGACAGGCACACACAGAAGGCAUCAUUCUAGAAGCCUAUCCUUGUUGCUACCUCAGCAACAGGAAAUCUUGUGCUUCGCUAAGGAACGUGGUUGGACAUGUUACUUCCAGCUCAUUGAUACUUAGCCAUGGAGAUUAGCACCAUCAUCCUUUCUUCCGAAAAAGGCUCACCUUGUCCUAACCACAUCCCACACCACCCAGAUCGCUCUAGAAUAGGUUGUUUCUGAAUGUUUUGCAAAGUUCCUUAAGUCCAUCAGGGUUUGGUCAGCAGCUCCUUUGACUGCAAAGGUCAGCUGGGGCUUGCAGGGCCUUGGGCAGCCCACACAACUGGCCAGGUCGCCCAGUUACUGACCAUGGCAGCAGGGACGGUGGCUGGAGCCUGGUACUCACAGUACAGGAACUUCACCUCCCACCCAGGACUCAAGUACAUAACUGCCUUUGAUCUAGCAGGCUGGGGUGAAGAGCCACCCACAGAAUCACUCCGACUCUGUGGUAAGAAUAAAAUCCCACCCACCUGGGACUUGGUAAUUUCACCAGGCAGGAAAUCUUUAGAAAACUUCAGCGAAAUGGGGCACGCUUUGAAGGAGUUAGAGUCUUCUGCGCUUAGGGGUUUGCUGCUGCUCUUGAGCUUACAAUUUUGGGGCGGUUAAAACACAUGGAAGGCAGGAAGCAUAGGAAUAUUUUAGGAUAUGUGAAAAAGCUAGAUUUGAACCAGCUUAAUAAACUUGUUGUUUUGUUUUGUUUUUUUGGACAAAAGAUGAUGAAUCUAACAAUAAAACCCGAUUUGUGUGAA